UAUGAUUUUGUUAAUCCUUCUUUGUUUGACACCAUAAUAAGCAAUGGCUUAAUAAUGUGCUUCUACUGAUCCAACUAUUUGUAAUGCAGAAUCAAAUUGUGGUUGGUGGCCUCCAGGAAAUUUUUGUUUAAAAUGUUCUAAUUAGUAUACAGAAGGAUAAUGUAUGGAUACGUGUGGUUGGUAUAAUUCAGUUUGUACAUAUUGUCCCAGUGUACCAACAGCAUCAUGCAUUCAAUCAGGAUGUGGUCUUUCCACAAGCAGUUAGUGUAUACAUUGUGGUGGAAUAAGCAGCUCAACUUGCGCUAAUUAUAAUGGAUGCUAUCUUAAUAGUGAAAAAUGCUUAUCAUAGAGAUAUAGUUCUUCAUCAAAUUGUUUAACACCUUAUUAAUGGGUUGAUUCAAGAUGUUAAAUUUAUGCUUGUACCUCUUCAAAAAAAUCAAGUUGCUUAUGUGGAACAUCAAACUUAGUGAUCUGUAGUUCAACCUAGGUUUGCGUUGACAUAUCAGCUUCAACUGGAGUAUGUUAAGAAAAAUGUAAUCUAAAUUUAAAUUCCAAUUCAUGUCUUUGCGGAGGAGAUUCAGUAGAAUGCAACUCCACGACUUAUUGUGUAGAUAUUGCAGCUACAUCUGGAGUAUUAAAAUGA